CUCUGUCUGUCUCAUUGGGAUGGACUCUUACUGGCGGAAGGGGUUCAGGACUUGAGGCUUUGCUGUUGGUCCUUAUAGUCAGGAUCUGAAAUCUGGAGGUGGCCUGGGUUUGGAUUUGCAGUGGAAUGAAAGGCCUUUAAGGGGCUCACAGGGUGGAAACCUGAAGCCAAUCUGGAAGUUAUCAUUAGCUGGGAGUUUGGACCCUGGGACUCUGGAAGUCAAAGAUUUAUUAUUUUAUUUAUUUAGAGACGUUUAAAGCUGGAAUUCAAGCAUUCUUAGCUGGGAGUGAAGAGUUUGGAGGCUAUUAUAUAUCAGAAAAACUGUAAUGACUGCCAACAGCAUGCCUAAGCAAGUGGAGGUACGAAUGCAUGAGAGCCACCUGGAGCCCAUCGAGGCUACACCACGCUCCAAAUGUGCCCUCAUCUGCCAGAAGAUGCGCAAGAACCUGCUCCUCACACUCACUGUAAUGGGUGUGAUAUUGGGAGCUGUAGCUGGUAUGCUUCUGCGUGUGUCCUCUCCUAUCGAUGACAACAUUGUCAUGGUAAUUGCAUUCCCUGGAGAUAUUCUAAUGAGGAUGCUAAAAAUGCUUAUCCUUCCUCUCAUCAUCUCCAGUUUAAUCACAGGUCUUUCAGGUCUGGAUGCAAAGUCUAGUGGCCGUCUGGGUACCAGAGCAAUGAUUUAUUACAUGACCACCACUAUAAUUGCUGCGGUGCUGGGAGUAAUACUGGUGUUGAUCAUCCAUCCUGGCAACCCCAAACUAAAGGAAAACCUUGGGGAGGGACUCAAAAAUGAUGAGGUCUCUAGUCUUGAUGCUUUUUUUGACCUCAUUAGAAACCUCUUCCCUGAGAACUUGGUGCAGGCUUGCUUCCAGCAGAUCCAGACUGUUGUAAAGAAGGUUGAGAUUCAGCCACAAUUUGAUGACACCAACAGUACCAUGGAGGACUUCCUUUCGAGUGCCACUAAGCCUCCUCCCAUAUUCAAGGAAAAGAAGUCCCUGCAAUUUAAGAGUGGAAUGAAUGUUUUGGGUUUGAUUGGAUUCUUUAUUGCAUUUGGUAUCUGCAUGGGGAAGAUGGGUGAGAGGGCCAGGCUUAUGAUUGACUUCUUUAACAUCCUGAAUGAGAUUGUGAUGAGGCUGGUCAUCAUGAUCAUGUGGUAUUCUCCCUUCGGUAUUGCCUGCUUGAUCUGUGGCAAGAUUAUCUCCAUUAAGGAUUUGGAAGUAGUGGCCAGACAGCUGGGGAUGUACAUGGUCACAGUCAUCAUUGGCCUCAUCAUUCAUGGUGCCAUAUUCCUACCAUGCAUUUACUUUGCCAUUGUGAGAAAAAAUCCCUUCAGCUUCUUCAUGGGCAUCUUCCAAGCCUGGAUCACUGCCCUGGGAACAGCUUCAAGUGCUGGCACACUUCCUGUCACCUUCCGCUGUCUAGAGGAGAAUCUGGGCAUUGACAAGAGAGUAACCCGCUUUGUACUGCCUGUUGGUGCAACAAUCAAUAUGGAUGGAACUGCUCUUUAUGAGGCAGUAGCUGCUAUCUUUAUUGCCCAGAUGAACGGCGUUGUCCUGGACCCUGGUCAGAUUGUCACAGUCAGUCUUACAGCUACACUGGCCAGCGUUGGAGCAGCCAGUAUUCCCAGUGCAGGGCUGGUAACCAUGCUGCUCAUUCUGACCGCAGUGGGGCUGCCGACUCAGGAUAUCAGUCUUCUGGUAGCUGUUGACUGGCUUCUGGAUCGUUUCCGUACCUCUGUCAAUGUAGUGGGUGACUCAUAUGGAGCUGGGAUCGUGUAUCACCUGUCUAAAGCUGAGCUGGAUGCCCUGGAUGCUCAGCAUGGGAAGUCUGAUGACAUAGAGAUGACGAAGACACAGUCUUACUAUGAUGACCUCAAGAACCAUCGUGAAAACAACUCCAACCAGUGCGUCAUUGCUGCUCCGAAUUCAGUCAUAGUAGAUGAGUGCAAGGUAACCUCGGCAGCCACAAAUGGCUCAACUAUGGAGUAUACACUCGUUGAAGAGGAACCACGAAAGAGUGAUUAAUGCGAGCACACAGACCCCUUCUGUAUCCAAGUCCCCAAGCUUUUUAUCUACUGAAAAAAAGAGAGGAAUAAAAAGACCUGCUGAAAUCAUGCAAACAGAACAAAUGAUGGGUUUUGUAGUUUAGGCUAUUAUGAGUCCCCAUUACAGUUCAUUUUUAUCUGAAAUAACAUAUACUAAUGUAAAAAGGGAUUACAAUCACACUGUCUGAUAGUGCACUAACAUGUGCCUAUGAACUAACACUUGCACAAAAAGCAAGGCUUGGCUGGGUAAAAGGAGAAAUAAUAUAUUGUAUACCUUGAAUUAUUCCUGAUUAUAUUAAUAUAUACCAUAUGCAUUCUAUGUCUCUCCGAACUGGUAUUAUGUGAAUAGUUGAAUGCGGUUAAUGACUUUCAGAACAUAGGGAGAGGGUACACAGAAAAACCAUCGGUUCAGUUUGAACUAAACAAACCUGUGCAGAGCCAACUCCUUCCUGUUCUUUUACAGCAAUAGUCAUUUACCCCUGUAUAACCUCACUCCAUGACCUCUGACCUAUCUGGCACAAUCUGUUCGUGCUUUUACUAUCUGAGUGUGUCUGAGAUCCCCAGUCAUCUGCAGGCAGAUCUGGGCUUGUGUAACAACACCAUUUCAAAAAUCCAUUCAAACACUAAAAUCCAUUCAAACGUUGUAGCAUAUAUGUAUAAUGACCAGGGGAUAGUGUUUAUCCCCCCUACUGUACUGAAAGAAAUGGGUACAAGCAGAAAGUUGGUUUACAAAUGCAAAAUUUUAAUAAUUAUACCAUGAAAUUAAGCAUAAGGUUAGGUACAUUAUUUGCAUUUAUCGGCUCUUUGCCCUCUGUCAGGUUUGACUGAGUGAGUUAUGACAUUCUUGUUUCUAGCAGCUACUCUGUGUGACAGUAUCUGUGUACACUCUCUCAAAUGACAGUCUUUUGAAAAGUUUUCUUUGCAAGUGUCACUUGCUAAGAAAUUCUAAUAAGAACUCCUCUAUCACACCCCUGGUUUUACUAGAAAAUGCUAAUAACUCUAGAGGUCAUUGCACACGCUUGAAGAAAUCAAAAGCACAAGCCAAGAGACUGAAUGCUUCCCCUUUCGGGACCUUUUAACCUCUCUUUCCCUUUUUUUCUCCUCCUUUUCUUUUCACGGGAGAACUGUUGUGAGAAGGUGAGACUAGGGCGAAUAAGAACAUCAGCGAACGGACCAAACAAGCAACAGCCCACAGCAUCACUGACACUCCCUAAAACUGAUGUGAAUAAUAAACAAUCUACCUUUAGCCUAAAAGCACACACUGCCUUUUAUAGACAGCACCAGAGCCUGCUAGAAUAUCUCUGACUACUCAUAUUUAGCAUAUCAUUCAGAAAAAUAAUGAAGCUAUAUUAUUGCUAUUUUAAAGGAAUAUUUAAAAAAAAAUGCUUUUAUUAGAAUGUUAUUCAUACUCGACAUUCGUCUUGAUUGGGUGAAACAUUAACAUUAAAUAUUUGAAAAAAAAAAGAAAAUUGUACUCAAAACUGAAAUUAUAAGUAAGUACUCUAAAUGAAUGAAUGAAUGCAUAGCACAAGGCAUAUACUCUUCAAAUUCUUACACUCUCCUUUCUUUCUCCUCCUAUUUGCAGAUUGUAGAAUGUUAGAUACUCAGGCAAAUAAAGAUGCACUCAGUGUUAUCAGGGAAGACACAUUCCUAAUGCAGCCAGUUGAAGUAUUUUAUACUAAGCCCUCUGAACAUGCUGGAGAGUGAUUACUGUUUACAAUUUCACAGUGGGUUUACAGCUUGCCAAAUGCAUAUCGCCUUUAUAUUAUAAAAGCUUGCACUGUAUGUAUCAGCAUCUUUCACACUUACUGCCUAUGAUUUUCCAUUAUAAAACAAAUAAAACACUUUUUUAACCCAAGAAAGCAAGCAUAUCCCCCCCAAAAGGAAUAUGUUUAAAAUAAUAUCAUUUGAAAAGCACAUUUUAAGGAACAAUGUUAAGGCUAACAUUCCAAUUCAUUUUACCUUGGCUUGUUUCCUUUUUAAAAGCACACUAAACAAUCAUAAUUGAGUAAAACGAAGCAAUUCUAAAAAGAAUUUUGACAUAUUAGAGAAAUGCAAGACAAAAAGGAUAAAUAAAAUUGGAAGAGAGCAAGAGUGCAUGAAUAAACAUUACCAGUUAGAGCAUCUCAAUACAAUAGCGUUGUGUACUAGUGGCACCCAUUCUUAGAUGUCUCUGUCCUUUAACACUCGCUCCAUAAAAGAUUUCCCCUCUUCGAAACAUGACUAUGACUGUUGUGGCAGACCCACCAUGCUGCAAUGCCUACCUACAAUGACAGCACAAACCUCGAGAAUUAUAGUAACUGAUACCAAACUGAUAUAUAGUUAUAGCAACUGAUACCAGAAAUAUAGAGUUUUACCAAUUAACCAAAUGAUGAAUGAAAGGAAUGCACAAAACAUAUACAUAGGCAUGUUUUUUUUUUUCUUAUGGAUGGCCGUGAUAAAUUUGCUUGGUAACCUCCUUUAAAAUCUGCCUUGCCUCUAAAACCAUUAACCACUAUGUAUUGUGUGUAUGAUAUAUGCUGUAUGUUUUUUUUUUGUUUUAAAUAAAGCUUAACACUCAUAUGUUUUUAGCUGUUUCAGUAGAAAGCCACAUUGUGAGGAGCACUAUCUCCUAUCAUAGCAAAACGCACAGCCCUUUGUGACAUUUCACACAACUGAUUUCUGUGCCAAGAGACUCAUCACUGCAUCUCUGAAUUAUGUUUUGAAUAGCUGUUACAAUAUUGCAAUGUUAAUGCAUAUCAAACACCACCACCUAUGAGGAGAUGUUGAUCUGAUGAUGUCCUAGUUACAUAAGGACCGUCCUCAACUCACAGAAGUGUGGACAUUUCUUUUCUCUCUCUCUCUCUCUUUUUUUUUUGAACCAGUUACUUCAAAGCAUGAUGUGAAAGUGCCUCCAUGCACUUUGUGUACAUAUUGUAGGUAAUGGAUUUGUCUUCUGUUAUUUUUAAUGUAGUGUUUAAUUGUGUGAAUUUUUAUAAUCCUACAGAAGUGUACCUUCUAUGUAAUGGAUAAAUUAAUUAGAUUAGAAACCAUAUAAAAUUGUGUGUAAUAUAUUGCUUGUUCCUAAGCUUAAAUAGCUGUAUGUAGCUCUCUCACAUAAAUGUUCUAUAUCCAAUAUAUAUCUUUUUUGUAUCUAAUGUAAGUUUUGAAUGUUUGUUCCCUGCAGGAAAAGUCAUGUGUGCAUUCAUUUUCACUGUACAUAGUUAUAAAUACAUAUGAUUUACUAUGAUUAUAUAUAUGAUAUAUGAUAUAUAUAUAUGAUAUGUUACUCUGACAUUUGCUUAGAAAAUCUUAACAGAAGGCAAGAAAAGCAACUCCGACACCAUACGGAUGUGUUUACUCUUGGCCUGACCUGUAUUUGAAUAUCUAUAAGCACUGAAAGCAUCUAAUGACUUAUUGCCAUUUCAACUAGGAUGCCAAGAGUAACUUCUAAUGAAGAGUAGUAUUGGUGAUCAAUUGUAAAGCUCCAAAAGUAGCUAUAUUUUUCUUUGAAAGUUAGUGGCAGUAAACAAGAGCAGUAAUUUUUGUCAAACUGGCAGCAUUCUUAUUAUGUCCUGUGCUCCUAUGUGAUUUCUGUUGGAUUGUCCAAUAGAGAUGUUUCUUGUAAUCACAGUCCAAGUCCAGUGGUCUUUGUUCCCUUCCAGAAAUAUGGAAAACUAGUCAAUCCCCAAUAUCCUCUUAUACAGGCAUUUGCUGUGUAUAAGCCCUUUCCAUUUCCUCUAAUACUGAUGUUCUUUUUUUGUUCUUUAUCAAUUUGUCCAGCACAAACUAGUAAGCCCUAAGGCAAACUGGUCUUUUCUUCUUCUUACAGUUGAAAAUACACCUGAACACUAUCCUACAUACCACUGAGUACCACAGAAUUAUUCACCUUAUGUCAUUCUUCAUGCAUAAUUUAUGUUUUAAUUCAAACCUUAAAAUAAUUUGAUAUAACCUAUCUCACCCUUCACCUCUGGGACCAUCUGUUCUGUUUCUAAAUUCCUCUCGUUCUUUUUAUGGUGUUUCUUUUCUUUUGAUUUACAAAGGAAGGAUAAAAAAUGAGCAAAGAAAUAAAAAAAAUCAUACCCAUGGAAUAAAAGUAUGUUCAUACAUAUCAGUAUGUGUUGUACCAUUGGUGUACAUACAAUUAUUAUAACUAAUAAAUGUUGAUUCAUAACUAA